UCUCCUGUGUUGCAGCCCCCCCAAGAGCUGGACAACAAGAGCAAUGAGUCCAGGGACCUGCAGCUGGAGGGCCCCAGCUCCCCAAGGCUCCAGAACCAGAACGGCGCCGACCCCCCCUCAGAAGACAGCCGCCCCCUGGUGUUCUUUGAACUCAAGAUUAACAAUGAAACCCAGAAGAUUAGCGAGCUGGCAGCUGUGAACCGCGAGGACAAGUUCUGUGUGCUCCUCCAGCCCCGAGCCGUUGCCAUCGGUGUCCCCUCCACGGCAGUGUCCCUGGAGGCAGGGAUACAACGUUUCAUCAGCUUCUUGAGCACCCUGCGUCACCCUGUCCUGGUCUGCUAUGCGCCAUGGGGGCCCAGAAUCCCCAUCUUCUUCCGGGCCCUGGAGGGUAUGGACAAGCUGGAUGCCUUCCAGAAGGCCACGUCCGGCUUUCUGGCUUUCCUGCCCCUCAUCCGGGGGCUUGUGCCCAAUGCCACAAGCUACCUGCUCAACAGCCUGGCUGAGACCUACCUGGGGAGAAGCAUCAGUGAGGGCAGUGCUCUGGAAGCCGUGCUGGCCAUGCGAGACCUGUGCCGCCACUUCCAGGUCCGCCUGGGCCCACGCCUGACUCUGAACAUCUUCUCUGUCAGCAGCCUGCAGUGUUUCAGCUCCCUGCAGCCGCUGAUGCAAGCAGCCAUCCUGUCCCGGCGCGAUGCCGGGCUCCUGGCCCUGCGCAAGGUGGGUUUCCAGAAGCUUCUGAGCGUUCACCGUGAUGACCCGCAGCAGGGCCUGGAGAGGUACCUCAGCUUUCUGAACCCACAGUUGACGUCCUUGUCCGGCCCUAAGCUGCGGGCUCUGAGUGCCUACUUCAAGAAUAAGUUUAAGGGUGCAUCUGCCUUAGCAUAA